UUUCCACAUAUUUCUUUAUUAAUAUUUGUUACCGCCGCCAUGAACGAUUCAGAUCUUUUUGAUCCUGAAUUUGAUUUAGCUCUUAUUGAAGGACAAGUGAAUAUGGAUACAGCUACGAUUAACAAAAAGGACAAUGUUUAUGAUGACUUUGACGAUGAUUUUGAUCUUGAGGAAUUAGUAGAAGUAACAGCUACAGUUGAACAACAGCACGCAGCAACAAAUAAGAGACAAAUUAGUUUCUUAUCUAUUGAUGAGAAUGACCCAGAGCCACCGCCUCCAUUAUUACCAGAUACUACAAAUUGCUUUCAUCCCUUUGAUCCAGAGCAACUACGUACUUGGAUCUAUCCCAUUAAUUAUCCCAUUCGUGCCUAUCAACUUAAUAUCGUCCGUAAAGCUCUCUUCCAAAAUACAUUAGUUGCAUUACCCACAGGCCUAGGAAAGACUUUUAUCGCUGCUGUCAUUAUGUAUAACUAUUGGCGGUGGUUUCCUAAUUCUAAAAUUAUCUUUAUGGCCCCCACACGUCCGCUUGUUAUGCAGCAGAUCGAAGCCUGCUUUACCAUUUGUGGUUUACCUCAACAAGAUACUGUGGAUAUUACAGGCAGCACAACACCUGCAAAGCGUCGUGGUCUUUGGCAAUCCAAACGUGUCUUCUUUGCAACACCACAAACAGUUCAGAAAGAUCUUGAGACAUCCAGUUGUCCUGCAGACAAGAUAUGCUGUAUCGUUGUAGAUGAAGCCCAUCGUGCUACAGGCAAUUAUGCUUAUUCAGAGGUUGUUCGUAGGAUCACUAAAAAAAAUUCAGAGUUCCGUAUUUUAGCUUUAUCUGCUACACCAGGUUCUAAUUUGGAUGCUGUUCAAUCUGUUAUCACUAACUUACAUAUUACCAAUAUCCAAAUUCGUACUGAAGAUUCUAUGGAUAUUCGGGAGUUUUCAUACGGUAAACAAAUCAAACAUGUUGUUGUGAGACUUAACUAUACAGAAGGAUCAACAGGUCGUCUUCCUCGUAUCAUUCACGAUUUUCGAAAUAAGGUCUUUUUACCACUUCUCCAAGAUCUUGCUAAGCGCCCUACUUCAGUUGUUGCUGACGUUGAUCGUGCUUCACCGUUCAGACUAAGAUCUGCUCGGCUACAUUUUCAAGCGACAGCCAAUAACUUUCGUAAUGAAUUUAAAUUUGCUGUGACUUCAUUAUUUUUAGUAGCUGAGUCUGCAGCACGCGCACAUGAAUUAUUGUGUCAACAUGGUGUUGUACCAUUUGUUGAUUGUAUUGAGUCCAUCUUUAAGGAAUACCAAGAGACUCUUGAUUCAGGCAAGAGGCUUAAUAAGGCACAGCAAGCAUUUUAUCAUCAUCCAGUUUUAAAUGCCAUGAUAUCCAAUUUAAAACAGGACAUUAAACAUAAUCCUGAUUUUGUGGGUCACCCAAAGCUGGACCGUUUAGUAGGGAUUUUAUUGGAGCAUUUUAGUAGUGUUCCCGAAGGACAGCAAUCAAAAGUGAUGAUAUUUUCAAGUUUUCGUAGCUCAGUACACGAUAUUUGUCAUAUCUUAGAUCGUCAUCGUCCGUUAAUUCGAAGUACAUUUUUUGUUGGGCAAUCGUCUGAUAAACAUGGUGUCAAAGGCCUAAGACAAACGGAGCAACAGGAUGUUAUUCAAAAAUUUAAAAAAGAUGAAUAUAAUGUCCUUGUAUCUACCAGUAUUGGUGAGGAAGGUUUAGAUAUUGGUGAAAUUGAUUUAAUUGUUUGCUUUGAUUCUCAAACAUCACCUAUUCGAAUGCUACAAAGAAUGGGAAGAACAGGUCGUAAGAGAAGAGGAAAAUGUAUCUUACUUAUGACCGAAUCUGAGGAAACCAAGUUUGCUCAAGCCAAACAAACAUAUGAAAAAAUCCAACAAUUAGUAGCCCGUGGCGAUCUCUUAAAAUACUAUCACCCCAAUCCUACUGUUAUACCUGCCAACUACAAGCCUACUCUUUGUCGAAAAAAACUCACUGUUGGCACCUAUCAGCCCAAAAUAACUACGACCCGAAAACGUAAAUUCCAAGAAGAGACUAACUUUACGUCAAACGGCUUUUUAAAACCCGAUGCUCAGCAGUUGUUUUUGCAAGAAUUAGGCGCAACAACUUUAUCGCAGGCCAUAGAACGUCACUGGCCUAUACAUAAGACAAUAAAAAGUCUUAGCAAGUAUGUACCCUUACAAAGUCGUUUACAAAACACAUCCCGUGUUGGUCAUUCACGACGUACAUUACAAUUUACACAGGCGGUACAGAGAAUGGAACAUCUUAUUCUACAUCCAGAAGAAAAAUCAAAAUUGUCUAUAUCAUUUACUCAACCAAUAUCUUUGAGUUCCUCAUCAAGACCGAUCCAGCAGAAGUUGAUAUUGCCUUCUAAGAAGAAUAAGAAACAGAAAACUCAUCAUGUAAAUGAAUCAGAAGAUGAUGAUCUUACUGAUUUUAUUGAAAAUAAUCCAAGUGCCGUAGAUCAAUUCAUAGAUAACCAAACGUUAUAUUUACCUACUAAGAGAAAAUUGGAGGAUGAUGGGUUAGAUCAGAAAUCCAAUAAAAAGCAUGAUAAGGGUAAAUCUAAAGAAAUUUUACCCUUGGAACAAGUACAACCUAAUGAAGUGGAUUUUUUUGACCCUACUACCUUUGAUUUUCCAAGUUCGCCCUCUUGGGAUCCUAUUUUACCGGAUAGUGUUUAUGAAAAUUUAGAAAACAAUCAACUAAAUUUUGAAGAAAUAAAUGUUAAAACUAUACCCCCAUUAUCGGAGGAAGCUGGUACUUCUACCUAUAUUACCCCUCAACAGUCUACUACUACUACUACUACUAUAAUGAGUCCUAAUAAUAAUAAUCAUUUUGACAGGGCUGCUAAAGAUAUACCCUUAGAAUCCAAAAAAGAUACUAACCAUUCACAACUACCACCAUUACCACCACCACCACCACAACAACAACAACAACAAUCACAACAACAACAAAUGUCUAUUGAUAUGUUAGAUAGCAUUGACUUUGAUGAUGAUUUUUUCUCAGAAGAUGAGGCCCUACUAGUUCAAGCUGAGACAAUACUUACUUCUUUUAAUCAUCCAAUUUUGCCUAUUUAUCCAUUUGAGAAGAAUUUAGUGGAGCCAAGUGAAGAGAUAAUGAACGUUAUAUUUACCGCAGUGGAUCCUCCUGAGUUUACUAAAGAUGCUCUACUCUUGUUUCAAGAGCGACAAAUGGAGGUUCAGGCCAUGACAGGACACCAAGUUGCGAUGAAAUUAUUAAACCACCCAUUACCAAAGCCUCUAUCAUAUAAUUCAAGACUCACAACCACACGCCCAAAGAGCCCUUUACAGAACGAGAUUACAGCAGAUCUAAUGAAUAAUGAUAGUGAUGAUGAUUUUGAAUUCAGUGAUGGAAUCUUUGCUUAUUUACUUGAAAACAAGCUCUCAGAAGAUGGAGAAGUAGCAGUAAUCCAACAGGAAUUUCCAGAGUUUUUUUUUGAAAAGGUAUCCAAUGAUAGCAAUAUGCAAUCUAAUCAUAAAGCAAAUCCAAAAUCUGAAGCUUUGAACAACCAUUCCUCGUCUAAUGUAACUAAUAAUAAUGAGGUUACAAAGACUGAGCAACAAGCUGUACAAGAAGAAGAACAGGAAGAAAUAUUUGAGUUUAAUUUUGAUGAUUCUUUUUUUAAUGAAGAAGAUAGUCAACCUCCUGUUGAAGAGAAGGAUGAAAAGUCAGCAUCAUCUGUUCAACAGCAAAUAGGAAACCAAACAAAAUCAUCUAGUAGUCAACAUGAAGAUGAAUAUCAAGUUACACAUAUUGAACUAAAAAAUGUAACUUCUUCUCAAACGAAAGACAUGACAGAAGAAGAACAAAAUAAUGGUCUCCUAGACCAAUUAGCCAAAGGCCUUUAUUCUCCUUCUCCUUUGCGUAAUAAUAGAUAUCAAAGUAGUGAAAAUGAUGACUCUUCUCCAUUAAUCGGUAGACGUAGAAGGCUAGCGAAGAGGCCAAUCAUAUUUGUAGAACAAGAAGAUGAAGACAUUAAUGGCAACAAACAACAUCAGGCCAAAAAACGUCUUGUAAGAAAAAUAAACUCUGAUGACGAUGAUGACGACGAUGACGAUGAUAGUAUUGCAUAUAUAUCACCCUUAAGGAUUCCUAAACAAGGCAAAAGAAAAGUUAUAUUGGGUAAUAACCCGUUUAUUGAUGAUGAAGCUGAAAGAAGUAGUGAUGGAGGGCACACAACAACAACAGCAACAGAUGAUUUAGAAGAAAGAUCCACAUCAAUGUUAAAUUCCUUUAUUGAUGAUCAUCCUACACAACAGCCAAUGAGUAAUAUAUAUGCUCAAAGUUUAUUGCAAGAAAGCAGUCAGCAAGCAAACAGAAAGCAUUGGAUGGACAAGUUCGAUGUUAAUAAAUGGCUCCAAGUAAAUGAGGAAGAUAGUAUUGUUGGUACUGAAGAGUCAGAAGAGGAUCUCGAGAGUAUACAGGAUUUCUCUUCUGAUCUUUUAAUACAGGGACUAAGACAAGAAAUUUAUACAACAAAUGAUAAUGAUGAUGAUUUUAUGUAAAUAAUAAUAUAUAAGAAGAAAAUAAAAAAUAAACAAUUAUUAUUUUUUGUAAAUA